AUGAGGAGCCUUCCCAGGUGGCAGCGGUGGUGGUGCUGCUGCAGCUGCUGUCGGCUGCCCUUGCUCUGGGUCGUGCUGGCUGUCUGCACAACGAUCGGCUUCACGGUUCAGCUCCUGGGCAUCUCCCUUUCGAAGAGCAGGCUGUCCUCGGCUCCUCCGCUGCUCCCCUCCCUGCCUGCUCCGGGCCCCUCAGCAGGGCCUGCGGGGGUGGGGGAGGUAGAGCCUGGCGCCCCCCUCCUCUCCUGCCAGCCACGGCAACACCUGGUCUUCCUGAAGACGCACAAGACUGCCAGCAGCACCCUGGUCAACAUCCUGCACCGCUUUGGGGACACCAGAUCGCUGCGCUUUGCCCUGCCAUCCGGCUACCAGUUCAACUACCCCAAGCUCUUCCAGGCACGGCGUGUGAAAGGCUGGCACCCUGAGGGGCCCCCAUUCGACAUCCUCUGCCACCACAUGCGCUUCAACUUGCUGGAGGUCCAGAAGGUGAUGCCCACAGACAGUUUCUAUUUCUCCAUAGUGCGAGACCCAGCUUCCUUGGCGGAAUCGGCUUUCUCCUAUUACCGGGGUGUGGUCCCCGCCUUCCGCCGGGCUCGCUCACUGUCGGAGUUCCUGGCUUCUCCACAGAACUUCUACCGGCCUGGGGAGCGUGGCAGCCACUAUGCCCGCAACCUGCUCUGGUUUGACUUUGGCCUUGAUCCGCCAGCAAGCCCUGGCCUAGCCGCCAUCCAUGCUGCCCUGCUGGGGCUGGACCGCAUUUUCCACCUGGUGCUGCUAACGGAAUACAUGGACGAGUCGCUGGUCCUCCUGCGUGACGCCCUCUGCUGGAGCUUUAGGGAUGUGGUGGCCUUCCAGCACAACCUGCGGAAUCCAGAGGCGGUUCACCAGCUGGGCCCCAUCGAUGCUGCUCAGCUCCGCGCCUGGAAUCACCUGGACUGGCACCUCUACACUCAUUUCAACCGCACUUUCUGGGCGCGGGUGAAACGCUUUGGCACUGCCCGCAUGGCUGGCGAAAUGGCCGUUCUCCGGAAACAGCGGGCAGAGUUUACCCGGCGCUGUUUGCAGGGGGGGGGCCCGCUGGAGCCAGGCCACAUUGCUGACGAGCGCAUCCGCCCCUUCCAGUUUGGGCAGGUGCCAAUCCUGGGUUAUGCCCUACAACCCAGCUUGGCAUCUGGCCUGCAGGUGGUGUGUCAGCAGAUGGUCACUCCUGAACUGCAAUACAAAGACCUCCUUGACGCCAAGCAGUUUCCCCGCCCGCACAAGAGGGGCGACCUCAGGCAGGGAGGGGAAGCUGCUCACAACAGCUCUUGGCAGAAGCCGUCCAACUGA